UUGCCUCUCCUCCUCCUCCUCCUCCUCUUCUCCUUCUCCUUCUCCUCCUCCUCCUCCUCCUCCUCCUCCUCCUCCUCCUCUCGCUGGUUUGGUUUCUCCGCAAGUUGAUCCCCAAACCGUAGCCAAAAUGGCGAUCUCCAAUCGGAGAUCCAAGCGUAAUGCUGCGACGCGCCACUUCUUCCUCCUCUUUAUUGGCAUCUUCGCUGCGGCAUUCUUUAUCCUCCUCCCCUCCACCACCACGACGCCGGUGGUGGUCGGUACGGAGGAGAAUUCGGCAUCGUCGUCAUCUUCGGCCUCAGAUCUGUACUUACCUAGCCUCCAUUUUGCGCGUAGAUCGGUGCUUGCCCUCCGAUCGGACCCCUUAAACGCGCGGGCGGAGCUGAUACGGAAGCAGGUCGGAGACCACGCCGCCCUUGCCUCUGCCUACGCCUCGUACGCGCGCCGUCUCAAUCUAGAGAGCUCGAAGCAGACGCGGCUCUUUGCUGAGUUAGCUCGCAACCUCUCCCUUCUCCUCUCCGCCCACCGCCCUCUCCUCGACCCCGCCGCGCCGCUCAACGAGGACUCAGUCCGGGGUUUCGAGCGCGGCGUUAAGGAACGCAUACGUGCUGCUCGCUUCCUCAUUGCCGACGCCAAGGACUUCUUCGACAACCAACUCAAGAUUCAGAAGCUGAAAGAUACCAUCUUUGCCGUCAACGAGCAGCUCUCAAAGGCUAAGAAGGCUGGUGCUUUCUCCUCCAUGAUUGCUGCGAAGUCCAUCCCCAAGAGACUCCAUUGCCUCGCCAUGCGUCUCAUGGAAGAGAGAAUUGCCCACCCUGAUCGAUACGUUGAUCCUCCUAUUCCUCCGCCCGAGCUCGAAGAUCCCAAACUCUACCAUUAUGCCAUCUUCUCAGACAAUGUCCUCGCGGCAUCUGUGGUGCUAAACUCUGCCGUCCACAACGCUCGUGAGCCUUGGAAGCAUGUCUUUCACGUUGUUACAGAUAGGAUGAACCUUGGGGCAAUGCAGGUCAUGUUUCGUUCGAAAGAUUAUGCCGGUGCCCACAUUGAAAUUGUGGCCUAUGAGGACUACAAGUUUCUCAACUCCUCUUACGUGCCUGUUCUCCGGCAGCUAGAAUCUGCUAACCUUCAGCGGUUCUAUUUCGAGAACAAGCUAGAAAAUGCCACCAAGGACACUACCAACAUGAAGUUUAGGAACCCCAAGUACCUAUCUAUGCUGAACCAUUUAAGGUUUUACUUGCCUGAGAUGUACCCAAAACUGCACAGAAUUCUGUUCUUGGAUGAUGAUAUUGUGGUGCAGCGGGAUCUCACGGCAUUGUGGAAAAUUGAUAUGGAUGGUAAGGUGAAUGGAGCAGUUGAGACAUGUUUUGGGUCUUUUCACCGUUAUGCACAGUAUAUGAAUUUCUCACACCCCUUGAUCAAGGAGAAGUUCGACCCCAAGGCAUGUGGGUGGGCAUAUGGGAUGAAUUUCUUCGAUCUUGAUGCGUGGAGGAAGGAGAAGUGCACUGAACAGUAUCAUUACUGGCAGAAUCUUAAUGAAAAUAGAACACUAUGGAAAUUAGGUACACUUCCACCAGGAUUGAUCACAUUCUACUCCACAACCAAACCCUUGGACAAAUCCUGGCAUGUGCUUGGACUAGGAUAUAAUCCAAGUAUUAGCAUGGAGGAGAUAAAUAAUGCGGCUGUCGUGCAUUUUAAUGGAAAUAUGAAACCUUGGCUGGAUAUUGCCAUGAAUCAAUUCCGGCCUUUGUGGACAAAGUAUGUGGAUUAUGAUAUGGAGCUUGUACGCCAGUGUAAUUUCGCAGCAUAAAAAGGAACUUCCAAACAAAUCUUCUGUUGCAAAACCAAAAAUGUAUGAGCAAAUUGUCACCCUUUGGUUGUCCGUAAGGUUUCUUUCUCCCUCUUAAAUUCUCUGUUUUAGAUCUUUUCAUGUAAUACUUUCGAACAUCCAUCAACAACUGAUGAUGCUGAAAGCCUCUCAUGUAUGACCAGUCUAAUGUGUCACAAAGACGUGGCAUUUGGUUAGCUAAAAAAUGAAUCAUAUUUAGUCUUGUUCUCUCUA